GCAGUUGUUGGUACGUCAUCAUCUCGGCGUCGUCGAUCGUCGUCUCGCCGUUGCUGGAGCUAGCUGUGUGUACUUUCUGAGCUGACCCUUUCAAUAUCCCACGUCUUUCUGAGUGCUACGGACACCCGUCAUACCUGCAGGAGGCAAGAGGCAUUACACGCGAGCGGGAGAAGCGGACAACUCGACGCGCGAUGUCCGGAAACGUAGCCGACAAAGCCACCGCGUUCAGGAACGAGGUGAUCGGAUCCACCACGAGGAAGAUCGUGUGCAAGGCGUCAAACCACGACUUGGCGGGACCCAAGAAGAAACAUGUAGACUAUCUGAUAAACCUGACCAAUGACCCGCACUGCUCCAUGGCAACGCUGGCCGACUACAUCUUUGAGCGGCUGAAAAACACCAGCUGGGUUGUCGUCUUCAAGAACCUCGUCCUGGCCCACAACCUCAUAACCCUGGGGAACGAGAAAUUCCUACAGUGCAUUGCAACAAGGGCGAGUUCAUUCGAACUAGAUUCCUUCACUGACAGAACAGACGGCAUCGCUACAGAGAUGUCUGUGUUUGUGCGGAGAUAUGCCAAGUAUUUGGGCUACAUGUGCACCUCGUACAAGACGCUAGCAAUGGACCUUUGUCGUCUGCCAAAAGGAGACCAGACUCCACUCAGAACCCAAGACCCUGUCAAGCUGCUGAAGACAACAUCAGUCGUCCAAGAACAAAUGGAUCUCAUGAUGAAUAUGGAGUUCAGUACGGGCGACUUAACAAAUGGAGUCGUCAACACAGCCUUCCUUAUGCUCUAUAAGGACCUCAUAAAAUUGUAUGCAGUGUACAACGACGCCCUCAUAAAUAUUCUUGAGAAGUUUUUUGAGAUGACGAAGCCUCAGUGUAAGGAAGCCAUGGCUGCGUACAAGAAGUUCAUCACUAGACAAGAACCAGUCCACAAGUACCUUCAUCUGGCCGAGGAUGUAGGAGUGGACAAGCAGAGUCACCUCAACCUCCGUCAGGUACCGGAGGAUCUACUACCUGCGCUGGAAUCACAUCUCACAGAAAUGGACUCCAUCAAGAAGGCAGCCAAUGCCCAGCCAAGUCCGCAGAUCAAGGCUGCGUCAGAGAAACUGGCCCAACUCCACAGCUCCCCCUCCUCCUCCUCCCCCUCACACAACGACAAGACCUCCCCCUCUGCUGGCGCCACGUCGACCGGCGACGUCGCCAUGCCGACCGCCAGCAGCGACGUACUCGAGGCUCAGAGAAAGAGAUUCGAAGAACUAAAAAACCAGGCGAGGUCCCCGGCAUCCUCAACUGAUGGACAGUCAAAAUCAAAGGAGGACUCGCUAUUCGACGCCAUGGCUUCAACCUCUGCCACAAAGUCCAGCCCCGUCCCCGACAAGAAGAAGUCUGAGUUCACACACACACACGCACACGCACCUCUGAAUUCUGCAAUAUUAUAUUAUCUUUUCACUUUUCUUUCUGUCCACCACUCUUGGUUUGUCUUUUUUCUCUCACCCCUCUCUCUCAGGAGUGCCAUGGACGACCUCGCCGAGCUGCAGGUUUUCUCUCGCUCUACUGCAGCUGCCACUUACUCCGUCCCCUCCUCCUCCUCCUCCGCUAGCAAUAACCCCUUUCAAUCUGACUCCUUUGCUGCCUCCACCGGUUCCAGCUGGGCCCAGGGCGGUUCGUCAGGUUACCAAGAAGUGGAUCUAUUCUCGGAGAUCCGCGGGAAACCGCGGCCGGACUUCGACUCUGUGUUCGGCAGUGGGUCCUCCUCCUCUGUGAUGGGGGUCCAGAGCGGCCCCCCGGGGGUCACUCCACUGAUGGAUGGGGGCGCUCCUGACCCCAGAGGCUGUCGGGGCCCACGCUAGUGUCAAGCAGAUGCCGGGGGGUCCGGUGGUGUCUGGACUGACGACUGACGUGGAGUCGAGUCUCGUUCGGGCCGCAGAGAACCUUAGUCUCAUUGGCGACAAAACAGGAAUGGUGAAAAAGACAGAGCACCAGUGGAAGCCACCGGCUCCUCUGGUGAAGACUGGCGGAGAGAAUUUCAUGAAGAUGCAUAUCCAACCCCAAACACUACAGCCUCAAGUGACUGCGACUGCUCAGCCGCGGGGCGGCCAGCCUGUCAACUGGAGUGGGGGCAUGCACGCAGGACACUUCCCCGUGCAGCCGACCAUGAUACAACAGGUCAGUGACCUCACCAGACCAACGUAGUAUAAUAUAGUUUGACUACAGAGUGACGCAAAAGUUUUAGAUGAAGAUAAUAGCUAGCUAAUGUUACUAGGGCCUAGUGCAAAUGAAGUAGUACAUUUCCAUUUUCACUCUACCAGUUUCUAAAUUUAGCCCAUCACACUCCCUUUUCAAAUUCGGUUGUAGAACUUUUUUACAUCAAGUUAGUUUUUUUCCUCAUCCAUUACGGUUUCUGUCGUGGUACAAGUCCACUAUACCGCAAGGGUUUGGCACCUCCCACUGCCCUCUCUCUUUUCUUCCCGCACAUCAGCCAGUGGGAGUGUAUGGACAGAUGCCUCAUUCUGUACCUUACACCGUGGGACAGACGCGCCCCCAACAAGACCUCUUUGGGAAUGCACAGGUACACAAAACCAGGAAAAACUGGUAGAACAGAUCCUCUAAAAUCUCUAACCUCAUCUCUCCCUUUUCUGUAUGCUGCAGCGUACAGUAGCCCGCGUAGAUCAUUGCACACGCUUUACUCUCUGCUUUCUCUCCCUUUUCUGUAGGCUACAGCGUACAGUAGCCCGCGUAGAUCAUUGCACACGCUUUACUCUCUGCUUUCUCUCCCCAUACCCCAUAGCCGUCCCUGUUCUGAUCAACGGCUAUUCCAUCUGCUGCAUAUAUACAAUAUCCCCAUCUUCGAAGGCAACGUCGCCCUUCCUCAGAACUGUUACAUCCCAUUGUACACACACACACACACGCGUGUCUCUGUAUAGGAUCUAUUAUGGCACAUAUUGUAUAAUAACCUAGAGGAAAAUAGUCGUUAAUUUAUUGUUAUUAUUUUUUGUGACUUUUUUUGCUUUUCUUUUUUGUCAUGAAAUUUUGAAUUUUGAGUUCAAAUGUGCAAGAGAAUGCGGC